GACGUCAUAAUUCAAUGGUGCUUUGCUUCAACAGUGUUUGAACGGGCAUCCUAGUGUUUUCUAAUUAAAUUUCCAUAAUUUCAGAUCACUUUGUUUUCAUAUUAUAUCUAAAUUGAAAACCAGAAGGUAAGAUGGCUACCAGUCGAGUCAGACAAAAUUUCCAUGAAGAAUGCGAAGCCGGAAUCAACAAACAAAUUAAUAUGGAAUUGUACGCCAGCUACGUAUAUCUCUCCAUGAGUUACUACUUUGAUCGAGAUGAUGUUGCAUUGCCAGGUUUUGCCAAAUAUUUCAAGAAAAGCAGCGAUGAAGAACGUGAACAUGCUGAAAAGUUCAUGAAAUAUCAGAACAUGAGGGGUGGACGAAUUGUGUUAAAAGCAAUUGAGAAACCUGCUGUCGAUGAUUGGGUAAGUGGUAUUGAUGCCAUGAAGGCUGCUUUAGAACUUGAAAAAACUGUCAACCAGGCUCUGCUGGACCUGCAUGCAAUUGCUACUAGUCACAAUGAUGCCCAGAUGUGCGACUUCUUGGAAAGUGAAUACUUGAAGGAACAAGUGGAAGCCAUCAAGGAAUUAUCUGGAUAUGUUACCAACUUGCAGCGUGUGGGAACUGGGCUUGGCGAGUACAUGUUCGACAAAGAAACCCUCCAUGGAGAAGAAUAAAUCUUUUGUUUGUACGCACAACUGUCAACUUAAGUAUAAAGAUUCCAGAAUCAAUGCAUGUAACAUUUGUUCAAAAAAGUUUAGCAAGUUCCAUAUGUAAAAGUCAAUAUCCAUUUGUAAUCUAUGUAGAAUCUUGAAACCUAAGUAAAGUAACUUAAAUGUAAGAAA